AUGAGGGGUUUCGAUAUGUUAUCGCUUUUGCUUGUUCCUGCAUUUCCUGCCCUGGCCGUCGAUCUCAAGAGCAGAGACUCGGCUAGUCCCCAAGUCACAGUAUUGAACGGUACCUACGAAGGCCUCUAUCUUCCCAACUUCGACCAAGAUGUCUUCCUUGGAAUCCCAUACGCACAAGAUACCAGCAACCAGAACCGCUUCCGCAUUCCACAAGCUAUGAACGAGACCUGGGCAGGAGUCCGCGACGCAAAGAACUACAGCGAGGCUUGUCCCGACUACUUUACAGACGCCUUUACCUACGGCGUUGGUGAGAAUUGCUUGAGCAUCAAUGUCAUCCGACCUGCUGGGAUCAACAAGGCCAGCAAUCUGCCAGUCGUCACAUGGAUACAUGGCGGGAGCUAUCAGACUGGCACGAGUAGCCGGCCUGACUACAACUUGACGUACAUCGUGCAGAGAUCUGUUGAAAUUGGGAAGCCCAUUGUUGCAACGAGUAUCAACUAUCGAAAGGGCGGGUGGGGAAUGCGCUAUAGCAGGGAGGUUCAGGGAGCCGGCCAGGCUAACCUCUCCCUCCGCGACAUGCGCAAAGCACUCGUCUGGAUCCAAGAGAACAUUUCUGCUUUCGGCGGCGACAGGUCAAAAGUCACCAUCUGGGGCGAAAGCUCGGGCUCGUUCGCCGUCGGCCAACUUCUUCUAACUUAUGGUGGUCGCUCGGAUGGUCUUUUCCACCGCUCGAUCCAACAAUCCGGCAGCGCCACUACUGCAUGGUAUAACAGCAGUGACUGGUACCAACCUAUAUACGACAAGGUGGUGUCGCAAGUGAACUGCACAGACGCCAUCGAUACUCUUGCCUGCUUACGAACUAUUCCGUACGCCGAGCUGUACCCAUUUCUGAACACUUCCGUUGUCACUGGACCAAGUUUCUACCCCGUUGUUGAUGGAGAUGUCAUCCCAAACUAUCCCAGCAUUCUGCUCGAAGAGGGAAGAUCCGCACAUAUCCCGCAUCUCUAUGGCACCAACUCGGAUGAAGGAACAGAUAACGCCCCUUCAGAUGGUGUGCUGAAUACCGAUGAGGAUGCGAGGUGGUACAUCUCCACGCAGACAGGCUGGGGCUUCCCCAACUCCACCGUCGAGGAAAUCAUGCGUCUCUACCCCGACAACCCCACCCAAGGCAUCCCCCUCAACACCGGCGCCGAACGCUUCGCCUCCCAAGGCUGGCAAUACAAACGCGGCGCCGCCAUCGCCGGCGACGUCUUCUACCACGCGCCCCGCCUCUUCGACGCCCGCGCGUACACCCAACACCACGACGACACGUACAUCUACCGCUUCAACACCCGCUCCUGGCUCAACAACACCAACGCCACGUUUACCGAUUACACGGGCUCUCUACGCCCCGCGUACAGAGGCGUGGCGCAUUUCUCCGAGGUGGCGUUCGUGUUCAAUAAUCCGGCGUUCGUGGGGCCUUGGGAUGGGUAUGAGGGGUUGAGUGAUCAGAUGAGUGCGCAGUGGAUCCAUUUCGUGUAUCGGGGGGAUCCGAAUGGUGUGGAUCUUCCUGUGUGGCCGAGGUAUGGGAGGGGGUCGAAUUUGGUGUUGCAGACGGAAGACCAGGGUGGGAAUUAUGUCGAGGAGGAUACGUAUCGGUUGGAGGGGAGGGAGUUUUUGAUUAAGUGGGCGAGGAGGAGGCAUGUGUGA